CGCGAAGCAGAUGUCGUUGUCGUAGGCGCCGGUUUGGCCGGUGUCUGCGCCAGCAUCGCAGCAGCAGAAAAAGGAGCCUCAGUAAUUCUCAUAGACGCCGGUCAGGGUGGAGGUGCCUCGGCCCUAUCAGGCGGUGUUGUAUAUGCAGGUGGAGGAACUGUACAGCAAAAAGCAGCAGGCUACGGGCACGACACGCCUGAGAACAUGUUUGCCUAUCUCAAGGAAGAGACGCGGGGUGCAGUUGACGAUGAGACAUUACGACGCUUCUGCAAUACAAGUGCCCAGACACUGCAGUGGCUCGAGAAACAUGGUGCUCGGUUUGAGGCCUCGCUUUGCCCGUACAAGUCGUCUUAUCCAACAGAUAAGCACUAUCUUUAUUUCUCGGGCAGCGAAAAGUCGUACCCUUACAACAAGAUUGCACAGCCCGCGCCUAGAGGACACCGAAUGAUUUACCCUGGGUUUUCUGGAUGUGAAUUAUGGCGUGUUUUGUUCAAAUCGGCCAUGAGUCUAGGCGUGGACUUUGUGCCCUCGAGCAAGGUAACCCGUUUGCUAUUCGACGAGAAGCAAAGAAUCAACGGAGUGGAAACCAAAACGCUCUCAACGAGCUCUACUAGCUUCGCACGUCACAAAAAGCUGUCCAAAAAGGAAACACGGUAUCAAUUAAUGCUACCCUCGCUGUCCAAAUGGUACCACAACCGCGCCCUCAAACUCUGGAAUCGUGACGCCCAGCCCCAAACCCUCCGCGCACCAUCCGUCAUCCUCUCAGCAGGUGGCUUCGCCUUCAACAACGACAUGCGCCAAACCCACAUGCCGGAAUUCUCCCGCGUCAGACCGCUAGGCACCUGGCGCGACAUCGGCUCCGGCAUCGCGCUCGGCAAAUCGGCAGGAGCCUCCGUGGCAAAGAUGGGCCACAUGUCCGCCUGGCGUUUUAUAUACCCGCCCGCCGCCCUCGUCGAAGGCAUCGUGGUGUCCAAGUCCGGCCGCCGAAUGCUCUCCGAAGACGUGUACGGCGCUGCACUCAGCGAGGUCAUGAUUCGGCAGCACGCCAGCAGAGGAUUCUUAGUUCUAGACCAGCGCCAGUGGAACAAAGCGAAACAGCAGGUUUUCCAACAGACGGCGGGUCCCAUGUUAUUGCAGCGCUUGCAUUGGCUGUAUUGGGGGUACAAGAAAUCAAAGUCGCUGGAGGGGUUGGCGAAGAAGUUUGGGAUUGCGGCGAGGGAGCUGGAGGAGACGGUUAGGGAG